UCUUUAUGCGUUAGCAAGAAGACUCGGAAAACGGCUCACAGGGUGAAGAAAGUAAUGUAGGGGAAUCAGAUGCAAGCAAUCGUGCCAGUUCAGACAAGAAGGUCCCAGAGGGCAUAAAGGGAGCUUCCUUAGACAAAAUUGAGAAGGAAAAGAAGGAAAAGUCCCACAUGGUGACUGGCCAUUGUGAUGAUGAGAAUGACCUGGGAUACCUGAAUACUACUCUCAGCAAGGAAUCCAAAGUCGGCUUUAAACGCUGGGCAGCCCACGAUGAUGCACAGCUGAACUUUUGCAAAAUUGAUGACGACAGUUCUGAGGAUAGUGAAUAUGUUGACCUGUUGCUGAAUCCUGAGCGGUACACAGGUUAUGCAGGACCUUCAGCACAUAGAAUAUGGAGAACAAUAUACCAAGAAAACUGCUUUAAGCCGUCUAGGGCAAUUGGCCGUUACACAGACUUCAGUAGUAUUGGAGCCAAUGAUUUUCUGAAAGAAAUGUGCUUGGAAAAAAGAACAUUUUACAGAGCUAUUUCCGGCCUCCAUACCAGUAUCAACAUUCACCUGAGUGCUAACUACCUCCUGUCAGACAAGAAUGGCUUUGAAAUGUCAAAGGAUGGCCAGUGGGGUCCGAAUGUACAGGAAUUCCAGACAAGGUUCGACCCAGAACUAACCGGCGGAGAGGGACCACACCGCCUGAAGAACCUCUACUUUGUAUACCUUCUUGAACUAAAAGCUUUAGCUAAAGCUGCACCAUAUCUUGAAAGCUUAGAAUACUACACAGGAAAUGAAAGUGAAGAUAAUGAUGUAUCGAAGGCAGUGAAAGACUUAUUGACUGUUGUCAAGAGUUUCCCAGAGCACUUUGAUGAAAGCUCCAUGUUCUCUGGCGGCCAGCAAGCUGCGAAGUUGAAAGAGGAAUUUCGGCAACACUUUUGGAAUGUGUCUCGUAUUAUGGACUGCGUUGGAUGUGACAAGUGCCGUCUUUGGGGCAAGCUGCAGGUAACUGGCCUUGGUACAGCACUCAAGAUUCUGUUCUCAGGCAAUCUAGACCCACAAGGUAACCAAAAUUUAGAUCUUCCAGCAGUGAGACACACAAAGUUCCAGCUGUCUCGUAUUGAGAUUGUUGCUCUAAUUAAUGCCUUUGGUCGGUUGUCCAGCAGCAUCAUGGCGCUAGAGAACUUUCGGCAGAGCAUAACCAGGAGAUAAUGACAAGAUUGGCUACUCUGAGCUGAACUUCUGUGAUAUUUGUUAUAUGUUGCCCAAAUACAUAGUUGUAUGCUAGGUUAUGACAGGUGGGCUGCCAACUGCCAUUGGUAGCAACAUAUGUUCAAAGAAGGAGCAUGACAGAUGUAAGGCAAGGUAAAUUAAAAAAAAAAAAAAAAAAAAGUAAAGAAAAGAAAGAUGUAAAAAGAUGGUUUCAGUUCACAAGCUCGAGUUGCAUAUUCUAUUAGCUGUCAAAGAAUAUUGGAAAUGUGUUUCAGGAAUCAGUGAAAUGUAUUUUGAGACUACGUCUGUUUGAGAAGAAGAAAGUUGAGAUUUCUAGGGUCCAUAAAGAUUUUGGCAGUAUGUUCUUUAAUGUAACUAGUUUUGAGGUAGUUAUCUUAUAGAACUUGUGACUAGCAUUCUUUUUAAGCUGAAGCAUUAAGUGACAUUACUGAAUAAUUAUUUAUGCUUCUGUGUUGUUUGAAACAGAAAGUUAUAUCCAUCAGAACUGAAUCUAUAUUGAAUGGUAUAAUUACAUUUAUCCACACUAAUAUGAUAAUUUACAAUAUGAAUCUUUAUUACAUCUGUGUUUAACAUUUCUCAUUAUAAAUUCAUAUACUUGUUAUUUUCUUAUAUAUUGUUUUCAUGUUCUUUCUUUUUCAUUCCCUCAUUAUUUUUAGAUCAUGUUAAUCUCUGAGUGGUGUCUAGUUACAUAACACAACCUCAGACUGACAAAGACUGCAUCUUUAUUUCUUACAUCAUCAAAUGUCACUCCCUAGUAGUAUAGCUUUUAAAAAUAACAAGUUUCAAGUCAUUUAUUUUGUGAUAUUUUUUCAUAAUAUUAUAUGUUUACAUACCCUAUCUCUGUCAUUUUGCCCACAUGGCUUUUCCUACUUACUUAUGGCAGGGUUUUUGGUAUAUAGAUUUUUUUUUGCUGUUGAUGAUAAAUACUUAUUAUUUAGCAUAAGAUGUCUGAUAAUAGUGAUCUAAUAUAUGCUAGGAUUAUCUAGCACAUUGAUUUAUCUACACCAAGACAACAGUAAGAAAAAAGUCCAUCAGUAGAUUAGUGUUUAAGAGUUUACUUCUUUUUGGAAAAAUAUAUAGUUGAUGUACACAAUUAUUUACGACUUGGCAUUUCUCACAAACUAUUAACAUAUCCCUUAAAUUCAUGGAAGUAUUCUGAGACUUGUUUACAUUUCUGUUCUUCCUGGUACAGGUCAUAUGUUUGUUUGUUUGUUUUUUCUUCUCCUUUCUUUUCUUUUUU